UCUGUGUGAUAACAUGGUGUUUUGUCAAUUGCACAUUUCUGACACAUAUUUACAUGCAAAUUUAAAGCACUGACUCCAAAUACGUGAUACAGUAAGAGAGCAGCUGGUUGCAGCACGUGGAAAACUGACUAGAUGACCGUAUUUUGAAUUUAAACAACCAAUCACGUUUAAUUAAUUAGUAAUGAACUGUAGUGCCUCCCAAGGGGCAGGGUCUGGGUAUACAGUAGGUUUGUGAAAGCAGCAGAAAAGUCACUUUUAUUAACCUGACUUCCAUUUCUGGUACAUUAUGGUGUAAGAUGAAAUCUGAAGAUGUUAGAUUAUACGUACAUGUGCACAAUUUAAAACAGAAGUAUUAGACCACCAACACGUUACACCUCCAGGAGCUUUUUAUGACAUCCUGUCCAUUUCCAGCUGUAAGGGAGGCGAGAUACUUCCCUAUAGACUAGCUGGGAUAUGUUUCUGCUUAUGUUCAAAACUUUCUGCACAUUCAGGACAUGCGAGUCAAAUCUGUGGUUUGAAAUAAGCAUCUUUGGGAACAUUUACAUUUGUUUUGAAUAAAUAAUUCAAGUAAAUAAAGUAAAUUUCAAAUAGAUCACUUUUCUGAUUAGAGAGAAGGUUUUAGGUUUGGUGGGCUCCGUCAAAUUUUUAAUUGGCCUCCGCAUUAUUCACUUUGGCAAUGGCUUUCUUAAACCCACAGAUUUCUGUAAGAGCGUACGUAGGCUGCAGGCAAGUACUUCCGCCGUUAGGUUUAAUACUUCCGGUUACUCAGAGCUAGCGUUCACUUGUUGCUAACAACAAAAACGGCUACUUUGUGCUGUAAUUAGCGGCUAUACCUAUUCGAGGGUGAGAUCGGGUUCAACGUGUGCUGUUGUCGGCUGCCACAGUAAUUCAAGAAAACUGAAAAACGCGUUAGAAAUAUUUUGCUUAGAGCAUCAACAACUUCGAAAGGCCUGCCCGUGCCCAGCGCCCUACGCACUGCACUCUAUGCCUCGGAAGGAGGAUUGGAAACUAGCGUGGCUUGAAGCUUUAAGACUCAAACACCCUCCGAAGAGAAUCGAGAACACAUCCGGGAAUUUUUCGCGUUCUCGAAACAGUACUUGCCCCGUUUCUCAAUAUGCGUACUUGCGUUCUCGUGUACUCGUGAUACGUCAUCAGUCGGAGACCAAGUACUGUUCCAAUUCGAAGUACGCAUCAAGCUUUUCAAGUUUUCAACCCCCCCGCUCGCGGUCUUCUCACUACUCAGGUUAAAGAAACCCCAGCAGCUGUCUAUAGUAUUGAGUGUCCACUAAAAUAAAAAUAGAAGCGUUCCAACAUCUCACCUGCUUGUUUUUAUUAAGGUAUGUACACGUAUGUACAUGUACACUAUUUUUAUUAAUAGAGGUUUCACUACUGAGGUUAAAAAUGAUAUAUAAGUCACUUAGAUCACUUCUAAAUGUUAAUGUUUGGUUUAUUUCAGUGUUUUAUUUGUCCCUGAGUAAACCGGUUUGGCUGUGAUUAAAGUUAAGCUUCAUAACAUGUUACUCACAGUUAAAUUAAGAGGGGACGGCAGUAGAAACUCCGGACCUGUGACAUCAUCACGUACGCUGGUGUUGCAUUCUCGGCCAGUACGUACUCGCCGAGAACGCGAGUACGUACUCGCGUACUUGAGAAUUGAGAAACGGCCAUCGUCUCCGACUGAUGACGUAUCACGUGAACGCAAGUACGCCAAGUACGUACGAGACAGCCACUAUGGUUGCUCCUUUCAUUUUAUAGGGCUGUGGAGCGUGACGUAGCGGAGGGGACGUGGCCAGGAGUUUUGGUUGAAGCGCCAUUUGUGUAGGCCAAACAAAGUGCUAACAAUUGAGAGAAGCGAAAGCACACGAAUAACAUCAACUAUGGUUCGCAAUUGCUGUGUGAUCGGUUGUAAUGUUAGAUCGCACGACCGGCAAGGGAAUAAGCUUGAAAAUGGGCUAUCUUUUCAUUCUUUCCCCACCUGGAGGCAACAUGAGGGAGAUAAGGUAUCGGAUGUUACCAAAAGAAGGCGUCUAGCCUGGAUAGCAUCUGUGAGACGAGCUGAUAUCCAGUUCUCUACCAUCCCCAGAUAUCUGUUGGUGUGCUCCAGACAUUUUCAUUCGGGCAAACCAGCCUAUGAAAUGGAUGAAACAAAUCCUGACUGGGUUCCAACGCUACACAUGGGGCACUCUGAAAUCCCUGCUUCAAGCUUGGACCGGCACCGACGGCAAAUGCAACGAAAGCAACAAAGAGCAGCAGCCGAGGGAAAAUGUUACCCCCCCACUACCAAGAUAGAAAAAAUGCUCUCACUGCCCGGCUUUGGUAAUGAAGCAGCAGAGUCUGAAGGUAAAGCCUGCGCAGAAGUUGCAGAUGAAGAGCUGCCACAGAUGGACACGACAGAAGACCAACACCAUAAUCACCACGUGAUGGAGGCUGUGGGCAAGAGUUGUGUUGGACAAGUGGAGGCUGAGGUAGUAGCAGCAAAUCAGCUCUAUCUGGGCUAUGACCGGCCCCCACCAAAGAAAAGAAGAAAGCUCACUCAGACCACUGUGAGUCAGACAGCUUCCAACAACACAAACAAAAACACAGAAUCUUUACCUGACUGCGCAGUGGCACCUUCAGUCAUCUUAGACCAGGCCAGCAUCUCCAAACAACCCCCUGAGCCACAUCUGCACUCAGUCCACACACAGUGGGAGGAUCCUUCGCAACAAGAUCACCAAUACUGCAGCAGGUCUCCCAGAAAAGAAGUGCAGGAUAAGAUGACUCAGUGUGAUGAAGUUGCAUAUUUCAUUCUUCAAAAUGAUGCAGACGCUUUGCUGUACACUGGAAUACCCUUGGAAACAUUUAACACACUUGCGUCGACACUGGAAGGAUAUGACAACAAUGAAUUUACAAUGCCUGUGCGAGAUCAAGUCCUCAUGACUCUUAUGAAAUUAAAGAGUAACCGUGUGAUAGGCGACCUAAGCCGCCAGUUUCAUAUAUCACAGAGCAUGGCCAGCAAGAUCAUCUCACACUGGUUGGACAAACUGGAGGAAGUUUUCCGGCCAUUAAUUCCAUGGCUGCCAAAAGAAACUAUUCACGCAACUAUGCCUGCAGCCUUCAAGAAGACCUUUCCAAAUACUACAUGCAUUAUAGACUGCAGUGAGACCCUUUUACAGAAACCCAGAAAUCUGGGCUCAAGAAGGCGAUCGUACAGCCAUUACUACUCACACAACACAGUCAAAUAUUUGGUUGCUGUUGCCCCAUCUGGUCUAAUCAUGUUUGUGUCUGCGGCAUAUGGAAGUCAAUGUAGUGACAAAUUGAUCACAAUGGACUCUGGAAUAUUAACACACCUUAAACCUGGUGAUGAAGUCAUGACAGAUAGAGGUUUAACAAUAAAAGACUUGCUCUUUGAGAGAGAAGUUGGAUUAGUAAUACCCUCUUUCACAAAAAACCGUGGACAGCUAACUGAGGACCAGGUAACAGACACGCGUCGGAUUGCAAAUGUAAAAAUGCAUGUUGAACGAGCAAUCAGACGUUUGAAAGUCUACAAAAUACUCUCACAAAUUGUUCCCAUAAGCAUGGCUCCUAAAAUAGACAAGAUUCUGAGGAUAUGUGCCGCUCUAGUCAACUUACGAGAGGAUCUCAUCCGUGAUACAGAAUAACUGUGUAUGUUGUAAACAAGCAUAAACUCAGGGAGCUCAAGAUUGUUACCCAAUGUCAUUUUAUUUUAAGGUAGAAAUUUGAUGUACAUAUUUGGAGAGAGUAAAUAAUUCCAGGUCUUUGUUUUUUAUCUUGUGUUCUACACGAUGUAAAUAUUUUUGUAGAAGAAAGGUUAUGUGAUACACAGUGCACAUAUAGUGCAAUCAACUGAACAAUUAUUACUUUUUUUAUUCAACCACGAUGUGCUCUUCAAGUGGAAACAAAUGUUUUUCUCUAAACUACAAUAAUUAGUUGUGCAUUCUUGACAUUUUGUUGUCUUUGAAAAUUACAGAAAUACAGAACUAUU